AUGAAUACUAGCCUGACCGCCUACACCCACCUCGAGUCGCUCCUCGUGUUCCAGUCGCUCCAUGCAUACGGUGUGAACCCGCAGGUCUUCAGCAGGAUCUCCGAGCUGCUGAAGGCCAACCCAGACAUCACCUCCGACCAGCGCUUCCAGAGCAGCCGCCUGAGCCCAGAUGCCCUGCGCAACUUCUACCUGCGCAUCUUGAAGGACGAACUCCGGAACGAGCGGGACCUGCCAGAUGGCGAUGCGACCAAUGGAGAGGUCAAGUCACGCAAGAGGAAGGCACCCAGCCCUAGUCUGCCCACCGUGCAGGAGUCUUUGCAGCACCAGCACCUCAUUCCGAAGCUCGUCAACAAGCUCUAUGCGCACUAUCGCGCCGCAAUCACCGAGCAGAUCAGGCAGGAGGAGGAUCGCUACGAGCGACUGGAGCGCGAACUGCAGGCCAUCGAGCGCGGCGAGUGGGACAAUGUUAAAGAGAGGGCGAAUGGAAAAUCUGCGUCGCGCAGUCCCAGUCUGCCCAAGAAGUCGCCUCUGCUGGCCCAGACACAGGAUCCCGCGACCACACCUGCUGCUCCGAGUCCUCCACCGCAAAAGAAACAAGCGUCUGCAGAUAAAAAAGGCAAGCAGUCGACGCCUCAACCACCCAGCGCCUCGCAACCUCCUCAAACAUCGCGAUCGCAGGGUUCGACUCCCGCACAGCAAGGUCCAUCGCACGGGAAUGCCCCGUAUUCCCCCGCUUUGGGUACCCAGCCAUCGCAUCUGCAGACCCACCCUUCCACACCUGGGUCUCAGAAUGCGCCUACUCCAGGAAGCCACCAUACUCCCUAUCAAGGGUUCCAGCAGCACUUGCAAGGCGGGCAUGCUUCGGCACCUCAACUUCAACACCCUAUACAACCGCAUAUGGCCAACGGCGUGCCCCAACUCGCGCCUAGUCCAGGACCUCAGCAAACACAGCAUUCUCCAACCCAUCAACGACUUCCGGGACCAGUCCAGUCGAAUCCGCAGUCACCUAGUGUGCAUACACCACAGCACCAGAGAGGCUAUGUCCCAAUCGCUGGACAGCCGCCCUACUUGCCUCAGCAUCCACAGCCAGGCCAACCUCCUCCACAGGGCGGAUUCAUGCUUCCACCUUUCCAGGUAGCGCCACAAGACCCAUCGCGAUUGCAGCAGCAAGUUACACAUCAACCCCAGCAACAUCAGGUUUCAACUCCUGUCAACGCACGACAGUCAAAGAUCACGGGCCAUGCUGCGAGAGGUGUUACUCAUACGCGACCCACGCAGAGCCAGCCAAGCAACUUUGCAACGCCGAUCAGUCUGCAGCGGGCCAUUCUAAGUGCGCUGUCGACACCGACAACACCAAAGCCGGGGUCCUCGUUCAAGCCUGAAGCAAGAAGCUUGGGAUCGACACCAGUGAAACGUCCGGAUGCGGAUCCUCUCGACUUCAACGAAGUCCGUCAGCAUCAACAACAGAGCUCUCCAAAGUCCAAAUCAACGCGCAAAUCAAGGGCAAAGGGCAAGACGAAACAGAAAGAGCAGGAGCCUGAACCAGAGCCAGAGCCAGAGCCUCACCCAGAUUCGGAUCAUCAGGCCGAGGAGGCCGUUCCCGAGAUGGAGACAAGACAAGGACGGCCGCGAAGAAAAGGCCCUAUCAAAAAAGGUAGGCCGGGCAGUAUCGCGUCGUCCCAUGCCGGCACCUCUGCCAGGGGCCGUAGCCGGAGCCAUUCGAUCCUUUCCCACACGGAGACUGUCGCAGCCGAUACCGAAUCACAGGCUGGUAGUCGGAUCAAGUCGGAAGACGAUGACGAGCUGGUGGCCACGCCUUCGCAGAUGUCGACGCGGGGUCGCAGCGCAGCCAAACCAAACAACAAGCGCAAACGAAACUUGCGAGAGAUAAGCCCCGAGGAAAGUGAGGAUCGAUCUGGUACGCCUUCAUUACCUAGGACCGUAGUGGCGACUCGACACUUUUCACGCAUGUGCGCACCCUUGAUGAAUGAUAUUGGUUCCCACAAGCACGCGUCUACGUUCACCACGGCCGUGAAGGCAAAGGACGCAGAGGGGUACUACGACAUCAUCAAGCGGCCGACGGACAUCAAAACAAUCCAAAAGGCCAUCGCAGCGGGCGCAAAACAGGUUGCAGCCGCAGCCUCCGGCGACACCCCAUCGGGCAGUCCGGGUGGGGCAGGCGGUGUGGUCGAGCUCCCACACACCGCUGAUAAUAUACCCCCAAAGGCUAUUGUGAACUCGGCUCAGCUGGAGAAAGAGCUAAUGCGCAUGUUCGUCAACGCCGUCAUGUUCAAUCCCGGCGAAGAGGGCGUCGUGGAAGAUGCGCGGGAGAUGUUUGAGAGCGUGCAGCACAGUGUGAGCAGCUGGCGCAGUGUGGAGCCGAGCAGUGGGCGGAUGGAGGUCGAAGAGACGCCGCCUGUCUUGGAUGAGGAUGUGCCCAUGGCGACGAAGAGGCGGAAGCUGUGAGGUGCUGCAUUGAUGAAGAUGACGGAAAGUUGAAAUCUUGCUCGAUCGUCUGGCGCAGCUAGAUUCUGUAAUGCAUUUGAUACCACUACUAUCUACCAGUGUGCU